AUGGCGGAAGCUCAAACUGAGAGCAACCACAACGCCAGCAUCUUAGAGGGAGGAGGAGAUGAGAGCAUUGUUCCACAGACGCAAGGUUUCUGGGUGCUGUAUCAAGGCUGCUGGCUGAGAUCCCUAGCUGUGCAGAGCGUCGAGAUCGUGCAGGAGCAGUUCGAGGCGCGCCCCGACGACAUCCUCCUCGUCACGUACCCAAAGUGCGGCACCACUUGGAUCAAGGCCCUUGUCUUCACCAUCACCGACCGCUUUCGCCAUGCAAUCACCGACGACGACCACCCGCUGCUCACCCACCACCCUCAGGACCUCGUGCCAUUUCUCGAGAUGCCCUACCGUCAGCUCCACCCUCUCGCUGAUCUCGAGAAGCUCCCCUCCCCAAGGCUCCUCUCCACCGAUAUGCCGGUCACGCUGCUGCCUCCGUGCGUAGCGACCCUCGGUUGCCGAGUUGUGUACCUAUGCCGCAGUCCCAAGGAUGUGCUCGUGUCCAAUUUAGAUCGGAAAAUCAAAACGCCGAUCAAGAUGAUCGAUGGGACAGAGAGAAACCCGGAGCAAGGGCGCGGGGAAAAGACUCUCUAG